AUAGUUGACAUGGGCCUUGCUUGUUUUCUUUGUUUUCUCCCAUUCUCUCUGGGAAGGAUAAUCCUUUGGUCGAGAUCGUGUCUUGAUGUUGCCAAUGAGGAUGAAAUCAAUUGUUACACUUCAACAGCUUCCACCCUUCUAAGUGGAUAUGGACUUAUGUUGAAGGUGGGUGCAACUUUUGCCGGGGCGCAUACUUUGUAUCUCUACUUGAGAGGCAAGCGCCUUGUGAUUGCAAUUUUCUGUAGAAGUCUGCAUGCUAUAUUCUUCAGAGGGAACGCAAAUUCAACCACUCUUGCCAAUGAAUCUCUUAAUAUGCUAAACAAUGGGAUAAUAGACCCAUUGUUCUUCGGCUGGUCGCUUGAUCUCUGCACUACGGAAUUGUUUGGUGUAACAAUGUCUCAGAGGUUCAAAUUGCUGAUUGCUUCAUCUUUUGCUUCUGCUGCCCUUCAUUGGCUUAUCGGAAUCUCCUUUUUGAAUCUACGCCUCAGAUUAUCAAGAAUCCUUCGCAAGAUAUUGGGGCCAGGAGUGGCCACUCCCUUUCUCGGCGGUACUGUUUCCCAACCAUUCUACACAUUUUAUCUCAAGAGGCUUGUUGUUCUUUUUCUCGAAACUAUCUUUAUUGUACUGGUCAUUUCUGUUCCUAUCAAAAUUGUUGAUCUAUUGGCACCAAUGGUGUUCCCUCUAGAAAUCCCCUACUUCGAUCAUCCUGCUAGGGGCACAUCAGUUUGGCAAGGGCCACUAAACUUUACAGAGUCACUUUCUGGUGUUAUUCAUAUGAGGUAUCUCAUUGGAAAAAUAGUCGUGUACCUUGCGACUCUGGUGGAGUGGGUAAUGGGGUAUUGGUUUGUUACUACUGGACAACCUCUUGGGAAAAAUGUUGCGGCAAAAGACCAGUAUGGUAGCAGCAAUGAUGCUAAGGAUGAUUGGAGACUUGCUGCUGUUCGAACAAUGCCGCGAGCGGUCCUAGCAUGGUUGACUGCUGUGAUAUUGAAUUCUGCUGUGCUUUUGCUUCCAGUCUCAGUUGGGCAUGCAUUGCUGUUUGCCGUCCCUCAGCUGCCAGUUGGACUGAAGUCCAACGAUCUGUUUGCUAUCACUGUUGGACUCUGCAUCAUAUCAACCAUCAUCGCCGCCUGUAGAGAUUUAUCUACCCGCGUGAUUUCGGGGAAAACACGCCUUCUAGCUUUGCAAAGGCAUCUGCUUGUCUGCAUAUGGAGCGUCGUCAUUCCACUCCUGACCGGUUUGCUGGUCGAUCUGUCAAUGAUAUCGCCCUUCUUCGUCGGUUCUGACGAUGAAUUCCCAGCCACGAGCUUUUUCCGCACUUGGCUCCUGGGGUGCAUCUUUAAGCAACUAUGGAUCAAGUGCUUCGUUGACAAAAGGCGGAAGGCAAAACUCAACCGGGCGAAGGAAGAUCUCUCCUCGGAGCUCAGGCCAAUGUGGUGGUUCUUUCAGGACGUAUGCGUGCCCGUCGUCGCUACGCUGCUCGCCGCCCUGGGUGUCCCCUACGUUCUCGCCAGGGGCGUCUUCCCUGGACUGGGCUACCCCGCCAACAUGAACUCAACGGCCUACCGCUUUGCGUGGUCGGGCAGCCUCGGUGUCUGCACGCUCUGCUGGCUGACCAAGGCGCUGUGUGUCAUGCUCCAUGAUUCUAUCAAGGACGAUCGGUACGCCGUCGGCCGAAGGCUGGAAGACGUUGAAUGAAGAAGACGGGAGCUGAAUUCAGAGCCUCUUCUAGAAGUUAUUUUUGUUAAAUCAAACAGGGACCAGAAUAAGGGUGCAAAGGUAGUCUGAGUGUAAAGGUCAGGUUAUUACUUGACACUGGUGGAUUCGAACAAGAUGGCCAAGAUAGAUAAAUUUCGAGCGAAAUUUGUAGAUAAUUAAUAUCGACUCAUUUUCCCAUGUGGAAUUUCGUGUGCUUGUGCUGGCCGAUCGCUUGUUUGUUGAAUCCAGAUUUAU